AUGAAUAUUUUUAUUACCUCAACAAAUCUUUUGUCAUUUAAAAUAUUAAUUUUAUUUAUUUUAAUUAAAAAUAUUUUGACUCUCGAAAAUGGACUUGCUAGAACACCUCCAAUGGGUUGGAUGUCUUGGACAAUAUUUUAUUGUGAAAUUAAUUGUUUUAAAUAUCCAACUGGCUGUAUUAAUGAGCAAUUAUAUAAAGAUAUGGCUGAUAAACUAGUUGAAGGUGGUUACAGAGAUGCUGGUUAUGUUUCAGUCCACAUCGAUGACUGUUGGGAGGCUAGAGACCGUGAUUCUAAUGGGAGACUCGUUGCCAAUCAAACAAGAUUUCCCUCGGGAAUUAAAUCCCUUGCUGAAUAUGUAAAUUUAAAAAAUAAAAUUAAAAAAAAAUAUUAUUGUAAAAAGAUGCAUGUUAGAGGCCUUAAAUUUGCCAUCUAUUCUGAUAUUGGAGAUAAAACAUGUGCCGGUUUCCCAGGCACUAUGGACCAUUUAGAAACAGAUGCACAGACAUUUGCAGAAUGGGGGUCUGAUUAUUUGAAGUUGGAUGCAUGCAAUAUUGAAUUUGAGCGGAUGCCUAAUGAAUACAUCAAAAUGGGAAAUUCGCUUCUCAAAACUAAUCGCCCAAUCGUCUAUUCUUGCUCUUGGCCAGCUUAUUUAUACGAAAAUCAUAAAGCACUAGUUUAUCCUUUAAUUGGGGAGCAUUGCAAUCUUUGGAGAAAUUAUAAUGAUAUUGACCGUUCUUGGAAGUCUAUUCUUUCUAUAAUUCAUUAUUAUGUUAAAAAUCAAGAACUUUUACGAAGUGCACAAAGGCCGGGAGCUUGGAAUGACCCGGAUAUGAUAGUUGCUGGGAAUCCUGAAAUUACCCCUUCACAAGCACAAGUCCAACUAAGCGUUUGGGCUAUUUGGUCUGCUCCUUUAAUAAUGUCAAAUGAUUUGAGAACUAUUUCAAACGAAAAUAAAAAGAUUCUUCUAAAUAAAAAUGUUAUAGCAGUCGAUCAAGACCCUUUGGGGAUUUUUGGAAGGAUGGUUUAUAAGGAAGCAAGUUUAUAUGUUUUUGUGAAGGAAAUGAUGCCCGCUAUUCCUAAAAAAGAACUUUAUUCAUAUGCUAUUGCCGUGGUUAAUUACGGAACAAAACCAUGCAAAUUCUCAAAAAGUUUAUUUUCAUUGGGAUUAACCUAUUUGGGUGGUUAUUCAGUAGAGGAUUUGUGGAGUGAACAGCAACUUGGCUAUAUGACACCAAUUGAUGAAUACAGUGUUAUGGUAAAUCAUACAAGUGUUUCGAUGAUUAAAGCAACAUUAAAAAUGGAUUUGAAUGAUUUAGAAAUAGAUAAAAUGUUAUAA